GUUGGCGCAAGAAAGGUCAUUCACUAGCGCUAGCACGCUUACUUUGAAAAUUCAACGUCGAUAGAUUGGAAAUAUCCUACAACAAUAUAAUUUAUGAUGAUUCAAUGUUUUUUUUUUCAACUCAUCACCAUGUUGCUCAUCUUGUUUAUGCUACUAUCUUUGCUUGGUACCUCUACUGCUUCUUUUCCAAUAACCAUAAACUUUAAUAUGUCCAAUUGCUAUAACUCGUCAUUGUACGAUCUUAAUAGCACGUUCGAAACCAAUUUCAAUCAACUCUUGUCCAGUUUGGUAUCUCGAGUUUCGAGUGCCAAAAAUGGUUUGCUUAAGCACAAGCAAGGUCAAGACAAUCAAGAUCCCGUUUACGGCCUUGCCUUGUGUCGGGGUGACUUGUAUCCCAACGAGUGUCAUGAAUGCAUUCAAAUGGCAAGCAACCAAAUAAAAAGUUUUUGUCCAAGGGCGACACAAGCAAUAUUAUGGAAGGAACCUUGCAUGAUUCAAUACUCUAACCAAUCUUUUUUCUCUCUUUUACAAGAACAACCUUCGCAAGCAUUAUUCAAUGAAAAUAAAGUCACAAACCAAGUACAAGAUUGGAUUACGUUGAUCAAGAAUUCAUUGGAUGAGAUAACAACGAACGCAGCUUCUAGUACGUCUAGUAAGAUGUACGACAUGACUGAGGUAUGGUAUUCACCUAUGACUACGAAUGUGUUCACUAUGGCUCAAUGUACUCCCGACUUAUCAACGGAGAAUUGCACCAAGUGCUUCAGUACAGCUAGAUCUCAACUUAAUGAAACUAAUCGCGUGGGAGGAAUAAUGCUGAUGCCUAGUUGUACUCUUAGGUACGAGGCUUAUCAGUUUACCCAUACUUCAAAUUCAACAAGAAGCAUGGCUCCUCCCCCAACAAGUACAGUGACAAAAAAUCGAGAAAAGAAAGCAUCAACAAAGAAAAUAGUGGUUGCAGUCAUUGUGCCAAUUGCUGUAUUAGGAAUUAUAAUUACCGGCAUUUGUUUCUUUAGAAAGAAAGCAAAGAAGUACUCUUCUCCGGAUGUUAAAAACGUGCUAGGAGAUUUGACAACCGUGGAAUCCUUAAUGUUCGAUCUUAAGACACUAGAAGCUGCUACGAACAACUUUUCGAAUAACCAAAUACUUGGUCAAGGAGGCUUUGGUAGUGUCUAUAAGGGAACUCUGGCAAAUGGACAAGAAAUAGCAGUUAAAAGGCUAUCUAAGAUUUCAGGCCAAGGAGUGGAAGAAUUUAAGAACGAAGUGGUAUUAAUUGCCAAUCUUCAACAUAGAAAUCUUGUUAAACUAUUGGGAUUUUGCUUGGCAGGAGAAGAGAAGUUACUUGUGUAUGAAUUUGUUCCCAAUAAAAGCUUAAACUACUUCCUAUUUGAUGCGCGAAAGCAAGGAGAAUUAAAUUGGUCUACACGCUACGAAGUUAUAAGAGGCAUUGCUAGGGGACUGCUUUACCUUCAUGAAGACUCACGGCCAAGAAUCAUCCACCGUGACCUAAAAUCUGGAAAUAUUUUGCUGGAUGCAAAUAUGAACCCAAAAAUUGCAGAUUUUGGUUUAGCAAGAAUCUUCAAGGUUGAACAAACAGUGGAUGACACUAGCAGAGUCGUUGGAACAUAUGGUUAUAUGGCUCCAGAAUAUGCAAUGCAUGGACAAUUUUCCGUAAAAUCAGAUGUAUACAGUUUUGGUGUGUUGGUUUUGGAGAUUGUAAGUGGCAAGAAGAUUAGUACAAAAUUCCACCAACAAGGCGAUGGAGAUCUUUUGACCUAUGCUUGGAGAAGUUUGAAUGAAGAAAAACCCUUGGAUUUCAUGGACUCGACAUUGAAGGAUACUUACUCGAGUGUAGAAGUGUUGAGAUGCAUUCAUCUAGGCUUAUGGUGUGCACAAGAGAACACAAAUGGGAGACCGACCAUGUCAACAGUUGUUCAUUUGCUCAACAACGAUACAACCACCAACACAAUGCCAACACCACCACACCCUCGAAUUUUUUACAAUAGUAGUAGUACUGAAUCAUCUCUUUUGUCAAGAUUAAGUGUACAAUCAACGACAUCAACAAGCAAUACUAGUGAGUCAAAACCAUUGUAUGAUCAAAAUCAAAUCACCGUUAGUGAGAUGCUUCCCAGGUGAUUUACUCUGGCUAUUAAAGACAUGUACUUAAUGAAGACACAAUUAGUGAGAUAUGAGAUGCAGUUAACUUUGAUAGCCAUUCAGUUGUUUGAUUUGUUGUAUAAUUUCUCCUUUUUUCUA